AUGGAGCAUAUGUGGACGCCAUUGAUCUUGCUGCAGCUGCUCCUAGCGGCAGCUGCAACAGCAGCCACCACCGCGACGACUGCUGGGUGUCGGCCGAGCUGCGGCGGCGUGGACAUCCCCUACCCUUUCGGCAUCGGCGUCGGCUGCUUCCGCAAGGGCUUCGAGAUCGAGUGCAUCAACAACAGCCCUGUGCUCGCCGGUACGUCCCUCCGCGUGGUGAAGCUGACGUUGGAUCCAGACCAGUCGCAGGUGAUGCUCCCCAUGGGGUGGCAGUGCUAUAACGCCUCCGACCCAGGUGACACCAACAGCAACUGGGACUAUGGAGAGACGACCAUGAACAAGGACGGCGUGUACCGCAUCUCCAGCACCCACAACAUGCUCGUCGUCGUCGGCUGCAACACCUUGGGCUUCACGGCGAGCAAGAGGACCGAGGGCGGCACUGCUAACUACGCCUACUACACCGGGUGCAUGUCCUACUGCAACAACUCGGCUAGCGCGCAGGACGGCCUAUGUGAUGGCGUAGGGUGCUGCCGCGUCAACAUCCCGCCGGGGCUCACCGACAACUACUUCAACUUCCGGGAGUUCGACCACUCCAGCAUGAUGGACUACAGCCCGUGCGACUACGCCUUCCUCGCUGACAGGAACAACUACACAUUCCGCCGGUCCCACCUCAAGAUGGACACAAAACGGUCCUCGCCGGUGUGGCUGGACUGGGCCAUUCGCGGCAACAGCUCCAUCUCCGGUGACAUACCGUCGUGCAAGCAAGCAGCCAAGACCGACCAGUACGCCUGUGUCAGCGCUCAUAGCGACUGCGUCGACUCCAUCAACGGGCCUGGCUACAACUGCAAGUGCUCCAAUGGCUACGAGGGCGACGCCUACUUGCCCAAUGGAUGCACUAAUAUAGAUGAAUGUGCAGAUCCGGCCAAAUAUCCUUGCUACGGUGUAUGCACGGACACCCAAGGAUCGUACGACUGCAACUGUCGUCUAGGUUAUCGAAGCCAUGACCCAAGAACCGAACGAUGUACUGAAAAGUUCCCACUUGCCGCACAGAUUUCCAUAGGUGCAAUAAGUGGCAUUCUCGUCUUGGCACUUAUAAUAUUCGUUUAUGUUCUUCGCAAAGAGAGGCGGGAGGCCAGGGACUUUUACCGAAAGAAUGGUGGCCUUACAUUAAAGGAUGCUGCAAAUAUUAAGAUUUUCAAAAGGGGGGAGCUCAAAGCAAUUUUAAAGAGUCACAAUUUAAUUGGAAAAGGUGCCUUCGGUGAAGUUUACAAGGGUGAUAUUGAUGGAGCUCUAGUUGCAAUAAAGAAACCAAUUGGUGAUAAUGUGCAUGAGAACAAGCAAUUUCCAAAUGAAGUUAUUAUCCAGUCUCAAGUCAUGCAUAGGAAUAUUGUAAGGCUUAGAGGUUGUUGCCUUGAAGUGGAUACCCCCAUGCUAGUGUACGAAUUCAUCUCCAAUGGAAGCUUGGAAGACUUUCUUCACAAGGAUAAAAGCAAGCUUCUCAACUUGGACGUACGUCUAAGUAUUCUUCAAGAAUCAGCACAUGGUCUAUCUUAUAUGCACUCACAAACCCACACCAAAAUCUUGCAUGGUGAUGUUAAACCAGCAAACAUUCUCUUGGAUGAAAAGUUUACGCCGAAGAUCUCAGAUUUUGGCAUAUCAAGGUUGAUUGCAAAAGACAAGGAACAGACUGCCAACAUCAUAGGUGACAUGACUUAUAUGGAUCCAGUAUACCUAAAGACAGGCCGAUUGACCGACAGAAGUGAUGUCUAUAGUUUUGGGGUUGUCAUUUUAGAACUCAUUAGCAGGAAGAAGGCCACUCACUCUGACAAUAAUAGCUUAGUGGGCAGCUUCCAAGAGUGUCAUCAAAGAGGGGAGACAGCACUGAAGUUGUUUGAUCCAGAAAUUGCAACAACAGGCAAUUUCGAAAUUCUUGACAAGCUAGCAAAGAUUGCUAUGGAGUGUCUUCAUCUUGAUGUGGAUCAAAGACCAUCAAUGACAGAUGUUGCAGAGCGCCUUCUCAUACUGCAUAGGUCCCGUAAGCUGUAGGUUGGUUUCCUGGUCGGAUUUAAGUUUCAAUAGCAUGUAUGUUAGUUCCGUCGAAUAAGACACGUAACUAUAGAAGUGCAUACUUUGUUGUUUUUGAUGUUCAAUCAAAAUUUGUACUAGUGAGUAUCUGUC